AAACUGUUUAAUUAAGAUCGCGUUAGCCCGGCACCGAUGGCCGGGAGACGGGACUCGGGGCGCAGUGCGAUGCGCGCACGCAUGACAGCAUCAUGCUCGCGCUGGCGCUCCUCGCCCUCGCUCUCACCAUCACUGGAGUCCGCGCCCGCCCCUUCAACAUCACCGAACUCAUUGUCCCCCAACUAGUGCCGCCCGGUCAAGCCGAGGUGGAAAUAGAAUGCCGCUACGACGCCAACUUCACACUUUUAAACUGGUUUAAAGGUGUCAACGAGUUCUUUAGAUAUAAACCCGGCGCAGCGCCCAGCACCAGGACAUUCCCAAUAGUGGGAGUUGGAAGAGUGGAGCUCCUGAACUGCGGGCCGACUGCCUGUAGACUGAGGCUCGGAGCAUUGACGGAAGACGCUACAGGCUUCUACCGAUGUGACAUAGAAAGAGAUAUUCCACCGUACAAGUUCAAUACUCGUUCAGCAUACAUGCAAGUCUACGGGCACGAGCAUAGACGACCAUUGCUGGAAGGGUUAGGAGAAGAGUUCGAAGAGGGACAAGAGAUGCGAGCUUACUGCCGUGGCGCACCCGGUGCGGAAAUUCGUUGGUACAUCAACGGUAGAGAGGAGGAAGCAAUGCGUGGAUUUGCGGCGCUGAAGAGGAACGCUUCUAGACUAAUCUUUCUUGGUAUACCUCCAAUGGUGACUGUGCAGUGUGCAGAAUUUAGAUAUGGAAAACUGUCAGGCUCCAAGGAAAUGAAAGCGAAGUGGAAAGAUCACAGGAAGAUGGUAGGAGACGAGAGACCCCAGGAACAAAAAAAUGGGUCUAGUAACAUGAAGAGAUGUUUGACUUUUCUCCUGUGCCUGCUAUACAUUGUGUUUUUUUGAGUGAUUGUGUGUUAGAUGUAUUUAUCAUACCUAUACGUAAAAGCAUGUUCCUUUCAUCCUAGUAUUUCUAAUUGUCUUUUUUUAUAAUGUUAUUAAAUUAUAAAGAUUUAAUUUCUA